GGGAAUUAUGAUAUUGAAUCAAUUACUAGGACUUGUUUCCACCCAACAAUCUGUGGUGUUUGGAGGAACAGAUUUGUCGGGAGAUCACAAUAGACAAUAGGUGCAGAAGUAGACCAUUCGACCCCUCGAGCCUGCACCACCAUUCUGAGAUCAUGGCUGAUCAACUACUAUCAAUACCCGGUCCCUGCCUUGUCCCCAUAUCCCUUGAUUCCCCUAUCCAUAAGAUACUUAUCUAGCUCCUUCUUGAAAGCAUCCAGAGAAUUGGCCUCCACAACCUUCCAUGACAGUGCAUUCCAGGCCCCCACAACUCUCCUUAACUCCUUAGUUUUUCCUUAACUCUGUCCAAAAUGACCAACCCCUUAUUCUCAAACCAUACCCUCUGGUACUGGACUCUGGAACAUAUUUCCUGCCUUUAUCUUGUCCAAUCCCUUAAUGAUCUUAUAUGUUUCAAUCAGAUCCCCUCUCAAUCUCCUUAAUUCCAGCGUGUAAAAGCCCAGUCUCUAUAACCGCUCUGCGUAAGACAGUCCAGACAUCCCAGGAAUUAAACUCGUGAAUCUACGCUGCACUUUCUCGACAGCCAGGAUGUCAUUCCUUAACCCUGGAGACCAAAACUGUACACAAUACUCCAGGUGUAGUCUCACUAGGGCUCUGUACAAAUGCAAGAGGAUUUCCUUGCGCUUGUACUGAAAUUCCCUUUGUAAUAAAGGCCAAUAUUCCAUUAGCCUUCUUCACUGCCUGCUGCAUUUGCUCAUUCACAUUCAGUGACUGAUGAACAAGGACUCCUAGAUCUCUUACCUAACUCUACACCAUUCAGAUAAUAGUCUGCCUUCCUGUUCUUACUCCCAAAGUGGAUAACCUUACACUUAUUCACAUUAAACGUCAUCUGCCAAGUAUCUGCCCACUCACCCAGCCUAUCCAAGUCACCCUGAAUUCUCCUAACAUCCUCAUCACAUGUCACCCAACAUACCACCCAACUUAGUAUCAUCAGCAAAUUUGCUGAUGUUAUUUUCAAUGCCUUCAUCCAAAUCGUUGACAUAAAUUGUAAACAGCUGUGGUCCCAAUACCGAGCCCUGUGGCACCCCACUAGUCACCACCUACCAUUCCGAGAAACACCCAUUCACCACUACCCUUUACUUUCUAUCUGCCAGCCAGUUUUCUAUCCAUGUCAAUGCCUUCCCCCCGAUGCCAUGAGCUUUGAUUUUACCCACCAAUCUCCUAUGUGGGACCUUAUCAAAUGCCUUCUGAAAAUCGAGGUACACUAUAUCCACUAGAUCUCCCCCGUCUAACUUCCUGGUUACAUCCUCGAAAAACUCCAACAGAUUAGUCAAGCAUGAUUUACCCUUGGUAAAUCCAUGCUGGCUCGGCCCAAUCCUAUCACUGCUAUCGAGAUAUGCCACUAUUUCAUCCUUAAUAAUGGACUCUAGCAUCUUCCCCACCACCGAUGUCAGGCUGACAGGUCGAUAGUUCUCUGUUUUCUCCCUCCCUACUUUCUUAAAAAGAAAGAUAACAUUAGCCAUUCUCCAAUCCUCAGGAACUGAUCCUGAAUCUAAGGAACAUUGGAAAAUGAUUACCAAUGCAUCCGCAAUUUCCAGGGCCACCUCCUUUAAUACCCUCGGAUGCAGACCAUCUGGACCUGGGGAUUUGUCAGCCUUCAGUCCCAUCAGUCUUCUCAACACCAUUUCCUUCCUAAUGUUAAUGUGUUUCAUUUCCUCUGUCACCCUAUGUCCUUGGGUAUCACAGACCAUGCCAAGAAACAAAGGUUGAUUCAAUAACUGAUUUUAACUUUCCAUAUUUUGACUAGGACUCCCAUAAUGUAAAAGGACUAGAUGGGGUAGAGUUUGUCAAAUGUGCCCUUAUUCAGUACGUAGAAUUCCCGAUGCAGAAGUGUGCAAUAAGCUGUUAGGAAAUGAUCCAGGGCUGGUGACAGACAUUAGUGAUCAUAAUGCCAUGAGAUUCAAAGUAAAUAUGGAAAAAGAUAGGUCUGGACCACGGGUUGAGAUUCUAAAUUGGAGAAAGGUCAAUUUGGAUGGUAUCAGAAAGGAUCUGACGUGUGGUUUGGGACAGGCUGUUUUCUGGCAAUGGUAAGUGGGAGGCCUUCAGAAAUGAAAUUUUGAGCGUGUGGAGUUUGAAUGUGCCUGCCGAAAUAAAAGCUGAAAGGUACCUGGUGCAGGGAGCUGUGCUUUUCAGGAGAUAUUGAGGCCCGGAUCAUUUUGUUCCUCUGAAUGCCUCAGACUGUUGGGUGCUACCAAGACUCAUUAAUGACUACAAAUCAUAAUUCCAAGCCUUGAGCUCAUCUGACUUUUUUUUUACUCAUUAUCUGUUAGUUUCCAAAAGCUUCCCAAUAGUUUUUGCUCUUUUGUUUGCCCUCACUUUGGCUUUUAUGUUGGCUUUGGCUUCUCAUUUCAGCCAAAGUUGUGUCCUCCUGCCUUUCCAAUACUUCCACUUCUUUGGGAUGUAUCAAUCACUCGGCUCCCGAAUUGUUCCCAGAAACUCUAGCCAUUGCAGCUCCAUUGUCCCUCCUACCUUUUCCCUUCCAAACAAGUUUGGACAACUUCUCUGCCAUAGAAAUAUGGAGAAGUUCAGUACAGAAACAGUCUAUUUGGCCCAUCUAGUCAAUGCCGAAAAAACAUUUAAGCUGUCUAAUACAACUACCUGCUCCGGGAUCAUCACCCUCCAUAACCCUACAAUCCAGGUUGAGAAUGAGAAGGAAUUUAUCUCCAAGACUCUCAAACACGGCACACCAGUUUUGCAGUCUCUGACUAGAUACUUAAGAAGUGGAGCAAGAGAUUCAAUAGACCAUCUGUCCUUCACAGACUGUGGGGAGGGAUUCAAUCGGUCCUUUGGCCAACUAGCAUGUCUGUCAUUUUACGCAGGGGAAAGGCUGUUCACCUGCUCAGACAGUGGGAAUGGAUUGACGCGGUUAUCUCGAUUGAAGGUACAUCAGCAAGUUCACACUGGGUAAGGCCAUUCACCUGUUCCGUGUGUGGGAAGGGAUUCAGUCAGUCUUCCCACCUGUGCACACACUAGUCAGUUCAUAACACACCAGGCAGAGGCUGGUCAUCUGCUGAACUUCUGGGAAAGGAUCCACUCAGUCAUCUGACCUAAUGGCUCAUCAGCGAGUUCACACUGGGGAUAAGCCGUUCACCUGCUCAGAUUGUGGGAAGAGAUUCAUUCAUUCAUCCAGCCUACAGAGACAUCAGCGAGUUCACACUGGGGAGAAGCCAUUCAUCUGCUCAGAAUGUGGGAAGGGAUUCACUGAUUCAUCCAGCCUACAGAGACAUCAGCGAGUUCACACUGGGGAGAAGCCGUUCACCUGCUCAGAAUGUGGGAAGAGAUUCACUCAGUCAUCCACCCUACAGAAUCACCAGCGAGUUCACACUGGGGAGAAGCCAUUCACCUGCACAAUCUGUGGGAAGAGAUUCACCCAGUCAUCCACCCUACUGAGUCACCAGCGUGUUCACACUGGAGAGAGGCCAUUCACCUGCUUAGAAUGUGGGAAGAGAUUCACUCAUUCAUCCACCCUACUGAGUCACAAGCAAGUUCACACGGGGGAGAGGCCGUUUACCUGCUCAGAAUGUGGGAAGGGAUUCAUUGAUUCAUCCAGCCUGCAGAGACACCAGCGAAUUCACACUGGGGAGAAGCCGUUCACCUGCUCAGAAUGUGGGAAGGGAUUCAUUGAUUCAUCCAGCCUACGGAGACAUCAGCGAGUUCACACUGGGGAGAGGCCAUUCACCUGCUCAGAAUGUGGGAAGGGAUUCAUUCAGUUAUUCCACCUACAGAAUCAUCAGCGAGUUCACACUAGUGUGAGGCCGUUCACCUGCACAAUCUGUGGGAAGAGAUUCACCCAGUCAUCCACCCUACUGAGUCAUCAGCGAGUUCACACUGGAGAGAGGCCAUUCACCUGCUCAGACUGUGGGAAGAGAUUCACUCAUUCAUCCACCCUACUGAGUCACCAGCGAGUUCACACUGGGGAGAGGCCGUUCACCUGCUCAGAAUGUGGGAAGGGAUUCAUUGAUUCAUCCAGCCUACAGAGACAUCAGCGAGUUCACACUGGGGAGAGGCCAUUCACCUGCUCAGAAUGUGGGAAGGGAUUCACUCAGUUAUCCAACCUACUGAGUCAUCAGCGAGUUCACACUGGAGAGAGGCCAUUUGCCUGCUCAGACUGUGGGAAGAGAUUCACUCAUUCAUCCACCGUACUGAGUCAUCAGCGAGUUCACACUGGGGAGAGGCCGUUCAGCUGCUCAGUCUGUGGGAAGAGAUUCACUCGGUCAUCCGACCUACAGAGUCACCAACGAGUUCACAUUAGGGAGAAGCCGUUCACUUGUUCAUUCUGUGGGAAGGGAUUCACUGAGUCAUCCACACUACAGAGUCACCAGCGAGUUCACACUGGAGAGAGGCCAUUCACCUACUCAGUCUGUGGGAAGAGAUUCACUCAGUCAUCCAACCUACAGACUCAUCAGCGAGAUCACACUGGGGAGAAGCCGUUUACCUGCUCAGAUUGUGGGAAAAGAUUCAUUCAUUCAUCCAGCCUGCAGAGACAUCAGCGAGUUCACACUGGGGAGAAGCCAUUCAUCUGCUCAGAAUGUGGGAAGGGAUUCACUGAUUCAUCCAGCCUACAGAGACAUCAGCGAGUUCACACCGGGGAGAAGCCGUUCACCUGCUCAGAAUGUGGGAAGAGAUUCACUCAGUCAUCCACCCUACAGAAUCACCAGCGAGUUCACACUGGGGAGAAGCCAUUCACCUGCACGAUCUGUGGGAAGAGAUUCACCCAGUCAUCCACCCUACUGAGUCAUCGGCGAGUUCACACUGGAGAGAGGCCAUUCACCUGCUCAGACUGUGGGAAGAGAUUCACUCAUUCAUCCACCCUACAGAGACACCAGCGAGUUCACACCGGGGAGAAGCCAUUCAUCUGUUCAUAAUUUGGGAAAGGAUUCACUCAGUCAUCCCAACUACUGGCACACCAGUCAGUUCACAAUGGGGAGUGGCCGUUAUUAUGAAUCCCUAGGUUUUGUUUGCUGUGGACUGUCAUUUUAAGAGAGAGAGACAGAAAUUAGGAUGGUGAGUCAGUCUGACUUGCAGGUUGUUUAAUUUGCUCACAGCUUGUUUAAUUUUAACUGAGGACAGAGACACUCAGACGGAGAGGAAGGAGGAAAAGUGGAAGGAUUGGAACCGGGGAACUAGUGGCUGAGGGUCACUGUUUGGAACUUUCCUGUGACCACAAGGGUGGGUUAAUUAUCGAUUCACCAUAUAUCGAAUGUGUGGUUAUCACCUCGUUUGAUCCAUGGGUGUGGAUCGGAUUUGGCGUAUCCUGUGAAGACCACUUAUGUGUUAACCCUUGUCUGGGUUUGAUGUGAUAAUUCACUUGAAGAUGAUACCCCUUGUGACAAGUCACUUUCAGUGAUAAUUUGUAUGUGGAUUCGGAACGAUGAAGCAUAAAAUCUACAGCGACUGUUGUCUCGUUUUACCACGGUGGAGCCUGUGGAAUUCGACAUAAUUGCCUUCUCUCGCCAUUUACCCUGGAUUACAAAUAUCGCUCUCAUCAUCUAUUCUGUGGUUGUACUGAACUUUCAUACUCUAACACAUCAAGACUUGAAGCCUUGUUUCCCCCAAGCUUAAUAGUUUGGAAAUUAUAUUUACACACAUAUAUACACAUAACUUAUGAUUAUCUUGCUUAAGUUACUGUAUUAUAACUAGAUUCUAAUAAAGAUCCUUUUAUUAUCAAAAACUAUCUUCAGGUGUCGUCUAUUGCUGCUGGUUCGUUUCUAAAGCGUUACGAUUCAUAACAAAAUUGGGGGUGUGUCCUGGAUAUGAACAGAUUUGGGAGCAUAUUGAUUGAUUAAUUAUUGAUUUCAUUGGGGAAAUCCCUUUUGAUUUAUUUGUGUGUGGAAUAUCAGCAUCAACAGAUGUUGAUAGAUUUCCGGAAGCCUCAACCUCUGAGGCAUUAGAGGAUGCCAGUAGGAUUGAGU